UGUAGUUUUCAACGGUUUGUCAAAGCUAGUGAUUGUCAUUUAUCAAUUGGCGGUUGCAAUUUUUAUUUUUCAAUAUUUUUAUUAAAAGUGGUGCAGACAACAAAAAGUAUGUCUCAAUUUUGGCAAACAAAAGUGGCUGUUAUAACAGGAGCUUCAAGUGGAAUUGGAGCUAAAAUUGCUUUAAAAUUGGCAAAUGCUGGUGUAAUUGUUAUUGGUUUAGCGCGUCGCACAAACUUGAUAGAUGAUCUCAGUAAAGACAUUGAAGGUGAUGGUAAAAUUGUCUCUCACCAUUGUGACUUGAAUAAAGAAGACAGUAUUUUGGAGGCAUUUAAUAUGAUACGCACUACUUAUGGGACAAUUAGCAUAUUGAUUUGUAAUGCCGGCAUAAUUAAAGCCAAUUUUUUAACUGAAUCUACAUCAAAAGAGCUAAAGGAUUUAUACGAUCUUAAUGUUUACGCAACAACCAUCUGCUUGCGUGAGGGUUUAAAACUUAUGGCAACCGCCACAAAGGGCCAUAUAAUCGUAAUGAACAGCAUUUUGGGCCAUCGUAUACCAGACGUACCCGUGCCUCUGUUCAGUGUUUAUCCAGCAACAAAACAUGCAAUUACCGGACUGUGUCAAACAGUGCGUCAGGAAAUACAUUUUCUCAAAUUAAAUAUAAAAUUAACAAGCAUCAAUCCUGGCCUAGUUGAUACCGAUUUCCUAAAUGUUUAUUCUCAAUCAAUGGCUGAUUUACCGAAAUUAAGUGCUGAAGAUGUUGCCCAGGCUGUAUAUUAUGCCUUGGAGACCCCUAAUCAUGUUCAAGUCGAGGAUAUAACUUUACAGGCUAUGAGACGUCAUGGUGUAGAUAAUGAUUAACAUACAUAUGUACGUUAAUAAAACAACUUUAUAUAUUAUGAUCUAUUAAUAGAAACAUAUAAGAAGUAAAUAAUUAUCCUUUAUACAAAAUAUUUUUAUCAAUUCCAAAUUUAAUAAAAUGAUAUUUGAACUAAAAAAUAAUACAUUUUUUUAGUUUCGAAAUUAA